UGAGAAGAUAGGCCACACACGGCUACUCACCCCAGAAAGAGAACCCAUGAAAGACCAAAGUAGCGAUUGCACCAGUGUCCAACUUGUCCAACCAAGGAGUUUUUAUUGGGGUUACUCACGGGAGCGUGGGUGAGGGGCCACUUAGAAGGGAUAGGUCAGAAGCAAGCUGUAUCACUGAAGCCCACCCCAAACACGGGUGACAAUUCACGGGAGCUGUGUCCCUGGAGCUCUGCACAGCUUGCAGACAGCUCCACAGGCUAAGAAAAUCUUCAGCUCUGCUGGCCUGAGCGCUCUCCCCCAGCACUUCUGACUCCUUGUUAGACUGCUAUGGAGAGGCCUCAGGGAUCUUUCAAGUUUUUGUUUUGCCAGACAUGUGACCUCUAUUUGCCUUUUGAGACCGCCUCCCCCAACACUCUUGGAGGGGAAUGUUCCCAUUGUGAGGUGACAGUCAUAUAACACUAGUCAGGCAUGUUAUGCCGUAGAGGAUGCUGGGACCUACCUGGGAAGCUGUCAGAAGGAGAAUGAGGAAGGCCGAGACAGAUGAAGCCAACCAAGACUAACCCAGCCCUGAGCCCUCUGCUUUACUCCCCAUGCCCCGAGAGUGGGGAGGGAGAGAGAAACAGCUUUCCAAAGGCCACCCAAAGAAACAUCACCUGCUCGGAAGGUGGCCUUGACUCCCUUGCUGGUUCUGAACAGAACUCUGGGGAUGAUGGGGGGGGUGUAGGGCAGGUCAUGGAGGGGGGCCUGAUAGGUGGCAGCAGGAAGCCACCAUGGCUGAGGACUCCCUGACGAGGAGAAGGAUUGUUCUGAGUUUUCCAAAAACAAGUUCUGAGGCUGUAGGGUGAAGUCUAGGUCCCGUCCACUGGAGACCCUGGCUCUCUCAUGCCCAGCCUUCCAGAGGGAAAGAGGGGUCCUGCAGGGCUAACACCAUGUUUGCUAGGGAGAAAGCCCACCCCAGUGUUGGGGUGAAAGGGACCCCAUGAGCUGCUGGGGAGGGGCUCUGAGGCUGCAGGCUAGACCUCGACUCUGUCGCCUUCCCCUCCUAAUGUCAGCUUACCCUCUCUCGGGAAGCCAGACGGACCCAAGCAUCUUUGGGGAUGAAGAACAAGUAUCCUUGAGUUCCUCCCUCUUCCGUUGCUCCAUCCUGCAGCUGAUGUCCUGCUGGCCCUGAAGACAGCUGGGGAAAGAAGGAAGCUUGGAAGGGAUGACUAAUACAUAGGCCGUGAGGCAGCUGUGCACAGCUGGGGCCCUGGGCGCAUAAGCGGAGUGGAAGGACCCAUAGCAGAGGAAAGGGAGCACAUUAGGUAGGACUCUGCAGGUCAAGAGGAGCGCAUUGGCUUUUACCCUGGUUAAGAUGGGAUGCGACGGGAAGGUUCUGAACAGAGCUGCUUGUGAGUGCCAGGUGCCCAGGCUGCAGCCGCACGCAUCUUCCUGCCAUCCUUGGCCAACACCUCUCAGGACUUCCCUCUCCAGGGACAAGCCCGGAAAUUGCGGGCCCCAGAGCCAGAGUCCAUGGAGCUGGGUCCCCGACAAGGUACAACCACUUUGACAAAGACCCCCCCGAACAACAAAGAGGGCCAGCAGGACAUGGAGUCCCCGGGGGCUGCCCAUAGCUCCUUGGACAGCUCCAAAUUUAAGCAGCAUCCAGGGCCCUCGCAGAACCCUGAAGGCCAGGGCCACCUGGAGAUCCCGCCUCCACCACCAGCUGCUACCAGCAGGACUUCUCUAGUCAUGACCCCCCAGCCUGAGGACCUGAAGAAGCGGGCAUCCAGAUCCAGCUUGAGAGAGGGAGUUCUGGGGGAGGAAGGCCGGGACUCCAGGGCCGCAGAGCAGAGGGAAGUGCCUAUGAGUUCAAAGGACAGCGUCAUUCCCGAAAACAUCCGCCACAAGUUUGGGAGCGAUGUGGUGGACCAUCUGAUCUCCGAGGAACAGGCUCGAAGGGCCGUCGGUGAAAUCUUUGAGGGCCAGAAGAGAUCCAGCUCAUGGCCCAGCAGGACCCAGACUCCCAUGCAGAUCUCCUCCAUCUUCUCAGACUACUAUGACCUGGGCUACCACAUGAGGUCCAACUUGUUUCAAGGCCCACCCCAGGAGACAAAGAGCCUCAUGAAGGCUUCCUACACGCCGGAGGUGAUUGAGAAGUCAGUGAGGGACGUAGAACACUGGCAUGGCAGGAAGACAGACGAGCUGGGCCGGUGGCACCGGAAAAAUGCUAUGAACAUGAACUUGCAGAAAGCGCUGGAAGAGAAAUUCGGAGAAAAGAACAAAUCCAAGGGCAAGUAGUUGAGAGGAGGUUGGAAGGAAGCUCGAGGAGGGUGCUGCCAAUAAAGAGAUAAAGGCUCUAGUCUGAGCCCCGCCUCUCUGUGCUGCCACUGCUCUCCAGAACAGGGACCGUGCGUGGGUCUGGAGGAACAGCUAAGGAAGACGAGCCAUGAGCACCUCCUCUUUAUGCCUCUCCCCCUUGACCUCAGGAGGAGUUGGAGUUGAGCCAGUGUGCCCUGGGUACUCUUGGGUACUCCUGGGUACAGGUCCUCUUGUACCCUGCGUGUGAGUCCGUGGCUGAUGGUUACUGUUUCUGGAUGCCUGUUCCUCCAACAGGUACCCACAGACUUCAGAGAGAUUGUCCUUAUCAUCCAUCUCUUCCAACCUAUGCACAAAGUGGUGCAGAAACAGGCCAGUGAGAACGAUGACCAGGCAUAGGUGUGAGAUGCUACCUGGGAACCCGUCGUCUCCUUCCUUUCUCCUUUUCUUUCUUCUUCUGUGUCUCCUCUUCUUCUGAUUCCUUCCUUCUAUUCUUUUUUUCUUGUUUUUU